AUGGUCGCCAACUUUUCCGGGACCAAAUACUUUGGUUGCUUUAUUUUAGUUGUAAUUCUAAUUUUCUCUGUUGCAAAUAACUAUAAUAUGAAGUACAAUUUUGAGGAAAUUGACCAAAAACUGCAAAUCCUCGAUUAUCACAAAGCUUCAAACUAUCCAAUUCUGGAUAAAGACUCAGCAAUUCAAGAGCUUCGAAAAAAUGCGCUACUCAGUGCCGACCAAACUCAAAGAGACAUUUUAGCGAGUAGUAUUGGAAAUGAUACACAUAAUUUUUAUCGGAAAUUGAAGUUGGAAGCGUUUUGUACGAAGAAAAUGAAAAUUGGGGAGCGGAAAGAUGAUGGAGGCAAAGUUGUGUGUAAUCCAGAAGCGGUGAAGGAAGAUUGCACAUUAAUGUCAUUGGGACUAAAUAACCAAGUACAGUUUGAUCAGGAAAUUUACAAUGCGACAGGAAGAAAAUGUGACUAUUUGGCGGCAGAUAUGGACCCUCAAAACAUGAACACCUACCGCAUAUUCGCCGGAAUGCAGGCACGUGUUCAUACUGGAAAAAUUCCGGAUAAUCUGACGAUUGCUCAUAUUAUGGAAGUGGAAUUCAAAAAAGAGUUGGAAAUUCUAAAAAUCGAUAUCGAAGAUGGAGAGCAUACGGGUUUGGAGCCGUUUUUGAAGGAGUACUAUGUUUGUCAGAUCCUCAUUGAAAUCCAUGGUUUGCCAGCUGAUCACCUCAACAUGCUCCAAAAAAUUGCUCGAUUUGGAUUUCGAAUUUUCAACAUUGAGCCCAACAAAAUGUGCUCCAGAUGUUGUGAAUACAGUAUGAUCAAUGAAUUGUGUAUGCCACAAUUUGAAACGGUCCCGUUGGCUAUUAUGAUUCCCAGAAAUCUUACUGUAGUUUAA